CUCUGAGCCUCGGAUUCAGACUGGCGCUGGGUUAGCAGUGCAAGGCCAUCUGGCUGCACCUCUGUCUGUGGUGCAUCGCUGCCUGGCAUCCUGGGACUGCAGGGUGGGCUUUGGAGACUGGAGUUUCAAUGGCAACCCCGACUAACGAGGAACAAGGACUGCUUAUACGGACAGCUCGUUUUUAUCUUGUGCAGAGUCAGCUUUGUAGUGGGAUGUUGAAAUAUGACACAAUGCCUGUUUGUUUGCAAUAGCUGCAACCCUCGUAGCAGAGAUUCAAGUGGGAAACAGAGGGGGAAUCGAGACAAACCAGCGGGGGAAUUGGGAACUGUGACACCGUGGCCUCUCUCCUGUGCCGGAGCAAGCAAAGGGAAGAGAGGUAGAGGAAAAAAGACUGAGCCUUGCAACCAGCCAUCACCCUGACGAUGUGUCAGUCAAACACCCUGCAGGGACCAGAUCUGCACACAGGGAAAUGGUGAGAUGCUAUAAAGCUUUAUCUAACCCUCCACCCUCUUGCUACAACCUCCACAAAGUUAAAAUUCAUGUCCGGAGGCUGCGUUCAGGGAACGGCGGCAGCGGCAGCUGUGCCGGGGACCAGCACCCACAGCUGGAGAGUCCAGGCCUGGCUGGCUCUGCCAGGGGUACACCAAGUAGGAGGACUCGCUUCAGGUUGCAAUUCCCCCAGCUGGCCCUGAGGCGAAGGUUGGGCCAGCUGAGCUGUAUGUCUAGGCCUGCUCUGAAACUCCGUUCUUGGCCUCUGACUAUUCUCUAUUAUCUUCUGCCUUUCGGUGCUCUUAAGCCCUUGACCAGAGUGGGAUGGAGGCCUGUGAGCAGGGUUGCUCUGUACAAAUCGGUUCCGACUCGCCUGCUCUCACGUGCCUGGGGUCGCCUGAACCAGGUGGAGCUGCCGACAUGGCUCCGGAAGCCUGUUUACAGCCUGUACAUCUGGACGUUUGGAGUGAACAUGAAGGAGGCAGCUGUUGAAGAUCUGCAUCACUAUAGAAACCUCAGCGAGUUCUUCCGCAGGAAGCUGAAGCCGCAAGCGCGGCCUGUCUGCUGUGUGCACAGUGUGAUCAGUCCCUCUGAUGGAAAGAUCCUUAAUUUUGGACAAGUAAAGAACUGUGAAGUGGAGCAAGUAAAGGGGGUUACUUAUUCCCUGGAAUCCUUCUUGGGACCUCGUGUCUCUACAGAGGAACUGCAUUUUAGCCAGGCCCCACCUGGUAACUCUUUUCAGCAACAACUAGUCACAAAGGAGGGGAAUGAGCUCUACCACUGCGUAAUCUACCUUGCACCAGGGGAUUAUCACUGCUUCCACUCCCCCACUGACUGGAGAGUGUCCCACCGGCGCCAUUUCCCAGGCUCUCUGAUGUCUGUGAAUCCUGGAGUUGCUCGCUGGAUCAAGGAACUGUUCUGCCACAAUGAACGGGUUGUCCUUACAGGUGACUGGAAACAUGGCUUCUUCUCUUUAACAGCUGUAGGAGCAACUAAUGUGGGCUCUAUUCGCAUCUACUUUGACCAGGACUUGCAUACCAACAGUCCUUCUUACUCUAAAGGUUCCUACAAUGACUUCAGCUUCAUAUCCAACAACAACAAGGAAGGGAUCCCCAUGAGGAAAGGGGAACAUUUAGGGGAAUUUAACUUAGGGUCUACAAUUGUACUCAUCUUCGAGGCACCCAAGGACUUCAAAUUCCACCUCAAAGCUGGACAGAAAAUCCGUUUUGGAGAAGCACUGGGCUCUCUAUAGCAACUCUCAGCAAGGUGGUUUUCUACAUAGAGGGACUCUUACCAUAUCACUGAGUGUUUCAUUUAACAAGUAUGUAUCACUCAGCAGGACCUGGGUGAGGAAACCUGAAGAAUGUCAUUGCUAUGUUAAACCUGAAGCAUUUGAUGUACACUGACUUGCUGCUGAAUGCAGAAAGAGAAUUGAAUGACCAGAGGUGUAUCAGGUACAGCUGCCUUUAAAGAUGCUGGCCACAGAGGUUUCAUGGAGGACCCACCCUGUGCCUGUAGUCUUUCAUGUUCUCCCCGCAAUGUGCCACAGGGUAAUUUUGUUCUUAAACCCUUUUAAGCCCUCCAAGGCUGUGCAGGUGCAAUGGGGAAGGGUAGAGAUUAGCUGUAUUUAAAGGGACAGUGACAGGCUGAGUCAGACCUUGUACCUGCAAUGUCUGGUUUUCAGACUUUGAAUAAAGAAUGUGUUCUCAUAUUUAUUUUAUUCUGACAUAUUCUGAUGAAGCUUUUGAAUAAAGGCAGCUGCGAAUGUAGAGAGCCAAACAGUUCAGGGGGCGAGUAUGGAUUCACAGUUCAGAUAUGCAAAAUGUAGACAGCAUCAGUACAAUAAAUCACACUCAUCCAGGUUUUCUACUGUUAGACAAUUCUUUUACCUGACAUUGUCCCUUUAAAAAUGGACUUUGCACUGUAUUUUUAACCUGAAAACACUGUGUCUGCAUUCCAUGUGAUGAAACUGGUCAUCUUGGGAUUUCCUUUUAGAGAAUUAAGAGUGGACAAAGCUGUGUCCUCUUCCUAAUCUAUUUUUCUGUUCCAGGCCUUAAAGAUUUUGUUUGUAUGAGAGGCAGUACAGAUUAAGGUGUUAGAAGACAGGGAAUAUUUUUUCUUGUGUGAUGCAAUAAGGUAGCAGCCAAAAUGUUUUUACUCCAUGCAAUGUAUCUUCAUUGUUGCUUUGUCACUAAAUGCUCGAAGAACUACUUUCUCUACUUAGUGAACAGUUUCAGAUACUUCAGGACCAAUUUUUACUGCACCGAGUGAAGUACAUCUAUGCACUGACUGUGUAUAAAGAUAUUAUGAAUCUUUGAAGCAAUCCCAGGUUGCCUCCCAACUGCAAACCUGGCCAUCCUGUAAUGGACUGGCAACAAUUUCAUCUUAUUCAAAAGAUGACUCUGACUUUUGUCCUCAUGCUAGGAAUGUGCUGGGGACAAAGCUCUGUGCUGAAUCUUCAUCCUAGAGCAAAACUUCAGAGCUUUCUUGUAACACCAUGUCAAGAAGAGUUUGAAAUCUAACACUUUGGAGCUAUCAAAUGUGGCACUGACAGAAACUGGUGCCAAAGUGAAGAAGAGUUUUAAAUGUAUUAAUUGUUUUUAGAGAAUAAACUUGUUUCAGGCCCAGGCACUCAAACAUUUAAAACUGACUUUGCUGUCCAGAGCCUGUUGGAAUGGACAUGCCUUUCUGCUUUCUCAAAGAUUUCUCAUUCUACCUUCUUGCUUGAGCUCAUUUUCUGCUACUUUAAGGAGACUGUAGGCUUUAACUAGCUCUGAUUUUCUAAGGGAAAACUUAUCUUCUUUGUAUGCACUGCAGAAAAUAGAAUAUUAUUUUGUUGUACAAAUGUCCAGUUUGCCAAGUCCUGUAUGCUUAGCUUGUCAUCAGGGAAGAUGGGAUGAUAAACUGCCUCCAAGUGAUGAAGCCCAUCCAUGACUUCAGUUAUGGUGGCUCAUUGGGUGACAAGCAGGAGAAAAUUCAUUUGGCUCCAGGAGUCAAUGUUUCCUCACUUUACAUGAGGAGGAGUGUGAAAGCUUGAAGUGGCUCUCAGCCACCUAUCUUGUUAAAUUUCUUGGCAUUAGCAAGUUUACUCCUGCAGCAGUAUGUUAUCAUAUACAGGUUAUAGAAAUGUGCACUUUUUAAACCGUUGCUAUUUAGAAAAGACAUCAACCCCAGAGGCUGAAGCUAUGACUACUAGCCUUUUAACUAAAUGUCAUGUUAACAGUAGAAGGCAAAUUCGUUCCAGUGGAUGACAGGAAAGACCACUGAAUCUUUUCCCCCUUUUCCACUGGGGCCUAUGCCACCCAGACACAGCCAAAGCAACUUUGAGCUUUAAUUUCUCCAUGCUCAGCAUCACCAUCCACAGUAUCUGAAGGUUACUGUUAGCCUAGUAAUGGAGCACAGGUUACCUGGUGUGUGCUUUAUUAGAAACCUAAGGAGGAGAGGAUACAGCAUGCAAGUGGCUGGUUUUGUGAUAGUCUUAAUACUGUGCAGAGCUAACUGAUUAACAAACAACAUUUGUUAUGCAGUGGUCAGCAAUGCACCCUGGAAGUGAAAAAGCAAAGUUCCUAGAGGGUACUGAUAAUGCUGUGAAUUUCUCCUGCAUGGAGAAUCCAUUUAAUUCAACUGUAUCAGUAGCAUGCUAUUUUUGUAUGUCAAAGUGUAUGACUUACUGACAUGAACUCAUUUAAUUGCAAAGAUUUUGAAAUAAAGAGUCUUAUCAGUGUUGCUUA